CGAGAUCCGGCCCAAGCCCCCAGGAGUCCGCAAGGCCAGAUCCUUGGUGUUGCUCUAAAGCGCCUGCGAUUUCAGUACCAGCGCGGCACGCCUCCAAAUUUCUUAAAAUAACCGGCAACUAUGAAGAUAUUCACAACUUUUGGGAGCCCUACCCCAGCAGGUCAGGUUGGGUAGGUGCGGCAGGAGUUUCAGCUGCGAGAGCCACCAGCCAGGAGGUCCGGAGUAGUAUGGCCCGGAGAAGCGCCUUCCCUGCCGCCGCGCUCCGAGUCUGGAGCAUCCUCCCGUGCCUGCUCGUGCUGCGGGCGGAGGUCGGGCAGCCGCGGGAGGAAAGCCUGUACCUGUGGAUCGAUGCUCACCAGGCGAGAGUGCUCAUAGGAUUUGAAGAAGAUAUCUUGAUUGUUUCAGAGGGGAAAAUGGCCCCUUUUACACAUGAUUUCAGAAGAGCACAACAGAGAAUGCCAGCCAUUCCUGUCAAUAUCCAUUCCAUGAAUUUCACUUGGCAAGCUGAAGGGCAGGCAGAAUACUUCUAUGAAUUCCUGUCCUUGCGCUCCCUGGAUAAAGGCAUCAUGGCAGACCCAACCGUCAAUGUCCCUCUGCUGGGAACAGUGCCUCACAAGGCAUCAGUUGUUCAAGUUGGUUUUCCAUGUCUCGGCAAACAAGAUGGAGUGGCAGCAUUUGAAGUGAAUGUGAUUGUAAUGAAUUCUGAAGGCAACACCAUCCUGCAGACUCCUCAAAAUGCCAUCUUCUUUAAAACAUGUCAACAAGCUGAGUGCCCAGGAGGGUGCCGAAAUGGAGGCUUUUGUAAUGAAAGACGGGUCUGCCAGUGUCCUGAUGGAUUCUACGGACCUCACUGUGAGAAAGCCCUUUGCACACCACGAUGCAUGAACGGCGGGCUUUGUGUUACUCCCGGUUUCUGCAUCUGUCCACCUGGAUUCUAUGGAGUCAAUUGUGAUAAAGCAAACUGCUCAGCCACCUGCUUUAACGGAGGGACCUGUUUCUACCCUGGAAAGUGUAUUUGCCCUCCAGCACUUGAGGGGGAACAGUGUGAAAUAAGCAAAUGCCCACAGCCCUGUCGAAAUGGAGGUAAAUGCAUUGGCAAAAGUAAAUGCAAGUGCUCCAAAGGUUACCAAGGAGACCUCUGUUCAAAGCCUGUCUGCGAGCCUGGCUGCGGUACACACGGAACCUGCCACGAACCCAACAAAUGCCAAUGUCAGGAAGGCUGGCAUGGAAGACACUGCAAUAAAAGGUACGGAGCCAGCCUCACGCAUGCCCUGAGGCCAGCAGGCACCGGGCUCAGGCAGCACACGCCUUCACUUAAAAAGGCCGAGGAACGGCAGGACCCACCUGAAUCCAAUUACAUCUGGUGAACUCCGACAUCUGAAACGUUUUAAGUUACACCAAGUUCAUAGCCUUUGUUAACCUUUCAUGUGUUGAAUGUUCAAAUAAUGUUCAUUACAGUUAAGAAUACUGGCCUGAAUUUUAUUAGCUUCAUUAUAAAUCACCGAGCUGAUAUUUACUCUUCCUUUUAAGUUUUCUAAGUACAUCUGUAGCGUGAUGGUAUAGAUUUUCUUGUUUCAGUGCUUUGGGACC